UGGUUUUCAGCAACAGAGUUCUAUGCUUCAUCAUCAUCAUCAUCAUAACUUUUACCAGUUUCUUGCAACUUGCAGAGCCCUCAAACACGAGGGAAGACACGUUGCUCCAAGGCCAUCCCCUUGCAGCAACCGAUCGUUUAAUUUCACCUUCAUCUUUAUACACACUGCGUUUCUUUCAGCUUGAUGAUGGGUCUGAGGCUAACACCAAAUUCUACCUUGGCAUAUCAGCCAAGAAGUACUAUUACUAUGUUUGGCUUGCCAACAGGGACAAUCCAAUCUACGAUGACCCCGGGGUUCUCACCAUUGAUCAAUAUGGCAACCUCAAAAUUGUGUCAAGAACUAACACUAUGAUGUUAUAUUCAGUUGAAGCAGAAAGUAACAAAAGUGUUAGAGGGUCUUUGCUGGAUACAGGAAACUUUGUGCUUCAUGAAUUCAACUUAGAUGGAUCUGUGAAGAGGGUGUUAUGGCAGAGCUUUGAUUACCCCACAGACACAAUUUUGCCAGGGAUGAAGCUUGGGUAUGACAAGCACAGUGGCCACAAGUGGUCUCUAACAGCAAGGAGAAGUUACAAAACUCUUUGGUCAGGGUCUUUCUCUCUUUCCGUUGACCCCAAAACUAACCAAUUGGUUAGUAGAUGGAGAGGGGACAUUAUUUGGACCAGCGGAGAGUGGAGAAAUGGAAGUUUUAGCAACCUGAAAUCUUCAUCACGUGACAGAGAGAACUUCAACUUCAGUUUCUUUUCAAAUGAAAGUGUGACCUACUAUGAAUUUUCUAAAGUUUCUGGUUUUCUGAUCAUGGAAGCAUUGGGUAGAAUGAAUGCUAGUGGUGUGUCUUACUCGUGUGUUGACAGUGAGAUUGUGGCUGGUUGUACAAUGCCACAGCCUCCGAAAUGUAGGGAAGAUAGUGAUUUGUACUUGCCAAGUUGGAAUAGCUUUGGAGCAAUGUCAAGAAAGGGAUACGUAUUUGAUGAAGGAGAGAACUUGACCAUUUCUGAUUGCUGGAUGAGGUGUUUGAAAAAUUGCUCCUGUGAGGCUUACUCUUAUGCAUUCAAGGAUGCAACUGGGUGUGAAAUAUGGAGCAGAAACACAUCACACUUCGUUGAGACUAAUUCCGGUGUUGGCCGUCCAAUUUUCUUCUUUCUCAGCGAAACCACCAAACCCAAAGGCAAGAAGAGGAGAAUAUGGAUUGCUGGUACUGCAGCUGGAGUUCUUUCCCUCAUAGUCUCAUUCAUUGCAUCCUUUAUCAUGUUCUGGAGAAAACAAAAAGAAACAGUUGAAAAUCGUAAGAAGCGAACAAAUGUAUUCUCUGACAUUGGAGAAAAUACUGAAAUUUCUGAUGCAUACGAUGAAGGAAGAGAACAAUGGAAUGAGAAAAGGACACGCAGUGAUACACAUAAAUUCGACUUUAUAACCAUUCUUCAGGCAACGGACAAUUUCUCUCUCGCGAAUAAGAUUGGAGAGGGUGGCUUUGGACCUGUUUACAAGGGAAAAUUGGCAAAUGGUCAAGAAAUAGCUAUAAAGAGACUUUCAAAAAGCUCGGGACAAGGAUUGGUAGAAUUCAGAAAUGAAGCUAUGUUGAUUGUGAAACUGCAACACACUAACCUUGUCAGGCUUCUAGGAUUCUGCAUUGAUAGAGAAGAAAGGAUAUUAGUCUAUGAAUACAUGGCCAACAAAAGUUUGAAUUUAUACCUUUUCGAUGCCAACAAAAGAACUAUAUUAGAUUGGAAGAUAAGGUAUAAAAUUAUUGAAGGAAUUGCUCAAGGACUCGUGUAUUUACAUCAAUAUUCAAGAUUAAAAGUGAUACACCGAGAUUUGAAGGCUAGUAAUAUUUUAUUGGACAAUGAGUUAAAUCCAAAGAUAUCUGAUUUUGGAAUGGCUCGAAUACUUAAAUGGACACUAUUAGAAGAAAAAACAAACAGAGUUGUUGGAACAUAGUAAGUAUUUAUUUAUGGUAAACAAUUUCUUUAUAUAUUUUGUAGUAACAUUUUUGUAGUGGUUAUAUGUCUCCA